AUGGGCAUUUGCUAAACUAAACCCAAAGUAAAUGAACCUUAGUCAAAAAUGAAAAAAAUGAAUACAGAAUAACGGUUGAUGCCAAAGCCUAGUCGCAUUUUGGAUGUCAAUUACAAAUAGAUCCCAAACAAAUUUAGAAGGUAAGCUACACAAAAAAGAGUUUAACAAAUUUAGUAAUUCGAUACCGAUACACAGGGAUUGUUCGGAUUGACGAAUUUAGGAAACACAUGCUUUUUAAAUUCUUCUAUUUAAGCCUUAUCAAAUACAUAACCAUUAACAGAUUACUUCAUGUCCUAACUCCAUAUCAAAGAGAUAAAUCCUGAAAAUCCUCUAUCUUCCUAAGGAAAUAUAGUCAAAUCGUUUGCGUAACUAAUUAGACUGCUAUGGUAGAAGGUGGAUUAAUACUAAUAUGAUGAUAUGAAGGUAUUGAAACCGACAUAAUUUAUAUCAACAGUUGGAAAUUAUAAUCCUAUAUUUGCUGAAGGAACUUAAGAAGAUGCACAUGAAUUCAUUGCUUUUUUAUUGGACAUGAUACAUGAAGAUUUGAAUAGAAUUAAAAAGAAACCUUAUGUGGAAUAAGCCAAGUUUACUAAAUUUCCAACUAAUGAGGACGCAGAUGCAGAAUGGAAAAAAUACCUAUCACGAAACUAAUCCAUCAUAGUAGAUUUAUUUUAAGGUCAAAUGCUGGAUACAUUGUCAUGUCUGACUUGCAAGUCUUCGAGAUAUUGUUUUGAACCUUUUAUGUAUCUGAGUGUACCUGUGUUGAAUAGAGAAUGUGAAUUGUAGGAAUGCAUAGAAGAAUUCUUGAAGAAAGAGACUCUCAAGGGAGACGAAGGGUGGAAUUGUACUAAUUGCAAUUAAAGGAGAGACAGUAAUAAAAAGAUUGAUUUAUGGUCAAUGCCAAAUAUUCUGAUUAUUCACUUAAAGCGAUUUAAAUUUAAUUCUUAAUUCAGAGCCAAGAUCAGGUCAUUGGUCAAAUAUCCAUUAUAGAAUUUAUCUUUUGAAAAUCUUGUAUGCACAAAACAAGUAGAAAAACCCACCUAUGAUCUUUAUGCAGUCAUUAAUCAUAGUGGCACAUUGACAUCUGGACAUUACACAGCUUAUGGCAAGAACAGAGAUGAUUUACAUUGGUAUCAUUUCAAUGAUUCGUUGGUUACACCAGUUCAAUAGCCAGAAAGUUUAAAUGAUGCAUACUUAUUGUUUUAUUUUAAGAAUAGUGUUGAGGAAUUCAAAAGACAAACCUUGGAAGGAAUCAACGUCAGUCAAAAAAGAAAGACAAUAAAAAAUACAAUAGUAAUUAAGCAAACAAUGCUCAAUAUGCAUUCUUAAUAAUCUAAUAGCAAUCUGUCAGAUUACAAAAGAAACAAUAACAACAAUUUAGCACCCUCUGUUUCAAGUCAAGCUUAAAAAAAAAUGUUGUUUAGAAAAUAAACAAAGCAUUUUCAAAUCGUUAAAGCUUCAGAAUAACCAUCAUUCUAAUAAGAAUCAUAUGUAAUCUAAGAAGAAAACUGA